AAUAUAAAGAGGAGUUGAUAGCAUAGGUGUAAAAUUUGUCCAAAUUUCUGUCCAGAAGAGGAAACAUGUUGGCCUAUCUGCUCGGUGUGGUUUGUCUGUUGUGCCUCCAGAACACGGGAGCACAAGAAGACGUUGGCUUAAUCAAAAUUGAGUUCACAGUCGUGAAUGACUUAGUAGGGAACUUUUUUAAGGAUUCCAUUAUUGUAGAAGUGAGAGACGGGUCCACGCUACUGCAGGUCAUGGAGAAAGCUGCUGAACUGAACCCCAAGGAAUUCAGCUUCCAGACACAAGAAUACCCUUUCGGAGUUUACAUUACGGCCAUUGGCAAACUUGCCGCAAGCACCAAUGAAAAGACAUACUGGCAGUUCUUUAGUGGUAACAAUCAACUGAUGGAAGGUGUCAGUGACUACAUACCCAGCAACAAUGAGCACAUCAUUGCUGUCUUCAGCAAAUUCUGAUCGCUAAUCAAUUUUUUACUUUACAUUUUUGAAUUGCAUGUAUAUAAAUUUAUCAGAUUGUUUUAUUCUAAAUAAAAGGAGCCAAUAGGCACAUACUUGUUCACCUCAA